AUGCCGUCUCUUACACGGAUCGCUACGGCUGUCUUGCAGCUGGGCUUCUUAGCCCACUCUGCAUUCGCCGCAGCCGUGGAAAAAGCACCGAAGUUGGGUGCUGUAGCCUCGGAAAGCGCGGUUUGUUCCAAGAUUGGGACAAAACUGCUUCAAGCAGGCGGAAACGCAGCUGAUGCCCUCGUCGGUACCGUGUUCUGUGUUGGAGUCAUUGGCAUGUACCACAGUGGCAUCGGUGGUGGCGGAUUCAUGCUUGUCCGGGGUUGCGGUGGGAAAUAUGAGUUUAUCGACUUCCGUGAGACGGCUCCAGCUGCUGCCUUUGAGGCAAUGUACGAGAACAACACCGACGCCAGCUUAUAUGGCGGCUUGGCAAGUGGUGUCCCAGGAGAACUUCGGGGAUUAGAACACCUACACAAGAACUACGGAAAGCUUCCAUGGGCUGCUGUCAUGGCCCCCGCUAUCAAGGUUGCCAGAGAUGGGUUCAAAGUGACUCAGGAUUUGAUCACGAACAUAGGAAAAACAUCGCCAAACGCAGAUUUCCUCACCAAUGACCCAGCGUGGGCAAUUGACUUUGCCCCUAACGGCAAGCUGGUCAAGGUCGGCGACACGAUGACGCGCAAACGUUAUGCGAAAACCUUGGAGACUAUCGCCAGAAAAGGCGCAGAUGCCUUUUACACGGGCCCCAUAGCCGAGAAGACUAUCGCGACACUAACCAAGCAUAACGGUACAAUGACUCUAGAAGAUUUAAAGAACUACACCGUGGCAACCCGACAGCCUGCAGAGAUUACGUACCGAGGCUAUAAGCUUACCAGUUGCAGUGCGCCAUCGGGUGGAGUAGUGGCUUUGAGUGCUUUGAAGAUCGUCGACGGCUAUGAGGGGUUUGGUGAUCCUGCUGCGAUCAACCUGACCACGCACAGGCUCGACGAGGCUAUGAGAUUCGCAUAUGGGCAGCGGACCGAGCUUGGAGAUCCAUUAUUCGUUGAGGGUCUUGACGAAUACCAACAGUCAAUGCUUUCCGACGAGGUUGCAGCCGAAGUUCGCUCCAAGAUCUCCGAUUCCUUCUCCCACCAGAACGUAUCGUGGUACGACCCCAAAGGUCUCGAGAGUUUAGAGACUCCGGGCACAAGUCAUAUCGUCAGUGCUGAUCACACCGGGUUGGCCAUCAGCCUCACCACCACGAUCAACUUGAUUUUCGGAUCCCAGCUCAUCGACCCCGAAACUGGUAUUAUCAUGAACGACGAGAUGAACGACUUCUCUAUUCCGGGCUCGAGCAAUGCCUUCGGCUACGUGCCAAGCCCGGCCAAUUUCGUGCGCCCGGGCAAGCGCCCCUUGUCCUCAAUCUCCCCGACCAUUGUCGAGACGCCGGACGGGAAGUUGUAUUUUGUUGUCGGGGCAGCCGGCGGCAGCAGAAUUAUCACUUCAACAAUCCAGAAUCUCCAUCACGUACUUGACCAGAACAUGACUGCGAUCGAAGCUCUGACCACGCCAAGACUGCACGACCAGCUCGUCCCAAAUCAAGUCACGUUUGAGUACGCAUACGACAACAGCACCGUUGCGUUCAUGAAGUCUCUGGGACAUAACGUCACGUGGACGUACCCGGGGCAGAGCACCGCCCAGGGCCUACGGUUACUGCCGAACGGGACGUUCGAGGCGGCUGGGGAACCGAGACAAGCGGCCUCUGGCGGGUUUGCUGUAUAA